UUGAUAUUAUAAAACUCUUUCGCUUCUCACAUCAACUACUUUUAAAGGUAUUCAUUUUUUACAGAACGACAGACAAGACUCUUUUUAAGCUAAUUGCACACCACCUUGUUAUGAGUGGGUGUUACGAGUCCCUCACUGAUCUUACUUGUGGCGUGAUGGUUGGUAUUAUGAAACACACACGCUUCUCACAUCAACUACUUUUAAAGGUAUUCAUUUUUUUACAGAACGACAGACAAGACUUUUUAAGCUAAUUGUACACCACCUUGUUAUGAGUGGGUGUUAUGAGUCAUUCACUGAUCAUAUCUGUGGCGUGAUGAAUGGUGCAGAUAACACACACAACGUCAACACACGAAUCAUCAACGUAAGUCUUUUUAACCAAUUUUUUUUUUUUAAGCUAAUCGCACACCACCUUGUCAUGAGUGAGCAUUAUGAGUCAUUUACUGAUCCUAUUUGUGGCGUGGUAAAAGGUUCCGAUAACACACAUGACAUUAACACACGCAGCAUCAAUGGAAAUCUUUUUAACCAAUUUUUUUUUUUAAGCUAAUCGCACACCACCUUGUCAUGAGUGAGCAUUAUGAGUCAUUUACUGAUCCUAUUUGUGGCGUGAUAGAAGGUUCCGAUAACACACAUGACAUUAACACACGCAGCAUUAACGGAAAUCUUUUUAUGCAGUGAUUUUCUGUGUCUGUUCCUCUGGUCACCUCACACCAGUUUCUAUGUCACUAAAAGUUUAUCUGAAGAACUAAUAACAACGAUAAUAUUAGUGAACAGCAAAAUACUAAGUUACAAUUAAUACUGAUAUCAAAACAACCAACACACAGAAUACCGACUCAAAAAAGCACCUUAUAUGUAACCAAACACACACACAAAAAAAAAAGGGAGGGGGAGGGAAGGCAACACAUUGACAGGAGAUGAAAUGGAAAAGGCAAAUGAAAUGGCAUCAUGUUUCUGUCUGGAAAGGAGGAAGAGAAUGGAGGCAAUCUGUCUGUCUGUGUCUAUCCAGGUGACCGUCUUCUAGUGAGAUAAAGGAAGAGAGUAAGGGGAGGGAGAGCAUCAAUGGCUAGGGAAAGGAAGGGUAUGGAGGCAAUCUAUCUGUCUGUAUGUCUGUUUGUAUGUCUGUGUCUAUCCAGGUGGUUGUCUUCUAGUGAGGUAAAGGGAGAGUAAGGGGAGGGACAGAAUGAAGGACUAUGGAAAGGAAGGGUACUGAGGCCUCUAUCUGUCUGUUUGUCUGUCUGUUGUCUCUUUAGGAGGAGGAAGGGUGACAGGAUAGGGUCGUCCAUAUGUCUGUCUGUCUCCCAGGGUAACAACUAUCUUCUCUUCAGGUGCAGGGAGGGUGACAGGGAAGGGUCGUCCAUAUGUCUGUCUCCCAGGGUAACAACUAUCUUCUCUUCCGGUGCAGGGAGGGUGACAGGGAAGGGUCGUCCAUAUGUCUGUCUGUCUCCCAGGGUAACAACUAUCUUCUCUUCAGGUGCAGGGAGGGUGACAGGGAAGGGUCGUCCAUAUGUCUGUCUGUCUCCCAGGGUAACAACUAUCUUCUCUUCAGGUGCAGGGAGGGUGACAGGGGAGGGUCGUCCAUAUGUCUGUCUGUCUCCCAGGGUAACAACUAUCUUCUCUUCAGGUGCAGGGAGGGUGACAGGGGAGGGUCGUCCAUAUGUCUGUCUGUCUCCCAGGGUAACAACUAUCUUCUCUUCAGGUGCAGGGAGGGUGACAGGGGAGGGUCGUCCAUAUGUCUGUCUGUCUCCCAGGGUAACAACUAUCUUCUCUUCAGGUGCAGGGAGGGUGACAGGGGAGGGUCGUCCAUAUGUCUGUCUGUCUCCCAGGGUAACAACUAUCUUCUCUUCAGGUGCAGGGAGGGUGACAGGGGAGGGUCGUCCAUAUGUCUGUCUGUCUCCCAGGGUAACAACUAUCUUCUCUUCAGGUGCAGGGAGGGUGACAGGGGAGGGUCGUCCAUAUGUCUGUCUGUCUCCCAGGGUAACAACUAUCUUCUCUUCAGGUGCAGGGAGGGUGACAGGGGAGGGUCGUCCAUAUGUCUGUCUGUCUCCCAGGGUAACAACUAUCUUCUCUUCAGGUGCAGGGAGGGUGACAGGGGAGGGUCGUCCAUAUGUCUGUCUGUCUCCCAGGGUAACAACUAUCUUCUCUUCAGGUGCAGGGAGGGUGACAGGGGAGGGUCGUCCAUAUGUCUGUCUGUCUCCCAGGGUAACAACUAUCUUCUCUUUAGGUGCAGGGAGGGUGAUGGGAGAGUCAUCCAUACAAAUCAAAUGAAGGCUUUAACUUGUAACGGACUUAAAAAUGAGACAAAUAAGCUUACUGUCGGAAUUACUUUAACAGGGGACAAAACACACAAAUAAGCUUAGGCGAUGUGCUUUAGGAUGAUUCAGUGUGUGAGAGUUUAAUGCAGGAAAGGGUUUAAAGGACAAAAUAUAAGCUUACUAUCAGAAUUACUUAAGUGGGGACAAAUAAGCUUAGGCGGUGUGGUUUAGAAGGAUUCAGUGUGCAAGCUUAAUGCAGGAAAGGGUUUGAAGUUGAUACGUUGAGGUUUACUAAGGAUAGGGUUUUAAAGUGACGUAUGUAGAGUUUUAUUUACAUAGAGGUGAAUUAAAGUGUUCUUAGUGGAUUUAGAUACACACAUACGAGGGUCAGAUAAGGGGGGAGGGGACAGGGCAAAACAUAAGUAACGGAAAAGAGAAAUGACGAAAGAAAAUGAAAAGAAAAUGAAAAAUAAGAAUGAAAGAAAAGAGAAAAUAUGAAAAGAUAGGAAAAAGAAGACUAAAUAAAAUAAAACAAAAAUAAGACAGGACAGGAAAA